AUGUACAGAGCAUGUGGUGAUUCAGGACAGACCGAUGCAAUAGAGACGGAGGGCAAGACAGGCGAAGAAGUGCUGAACCGCUAUUUUUCUUAUACUGGCGUACAGUCACCAAACAAACCGAUGACCGAAGAAAAGGAAGACCAUCUUCUGUCGUACUACUCGUCCGACAACUCGUAUGGCGAGAGGACGUCGCCCUCCACUUCCAUCAACGACAUCGUGAGGGCCGGCAAAGGACUGGUGAGGGCGAGGAAGGGCGCCCUCAAGAAGAAGAAUGUGUUCACCGUUCAGAACCACAAAUUCUUACCAAGGUUCUUCAAGCAACCCACAUUCUGCUCACAUUGCAAGGACUUCAUCUGGGGGUUCGGCAAACAGGGCUUCCAGUGCCAGGUCUGUUCAUAUGUGGUGCACAAGAGAUGUCAUGAAUUCGUGGCAUUCAAGUGCCCCGGAGUUGAUAAGGGAGUCGAUUCAGACGACGCCCGAACCAAACAUCACUUCAUUGUACACACGUAUACGUCGCCCACAUUUUGUGACCACUGCGGGUCACUUCUGUACGGACUCAUACACCAGGGCUACAGAUGUCGAGCGUGUGAUAUGAAUGUGCACAAGAAAUGUCAGGAUUCUGUUCCUAAUCUGUGCGGAUGUGAUCACACGGAGAGGAGGGGAAGGAUUGAGCUGAAAGUCUAUUCAAAUCUAAACAAACUGUUCUGCGAAGUAAAACAGGCCAAGAAUCUCAUUCCUAUGGACCCCAACGGGUUGUCCGACCCGUACGUCAAAUGCAAACUAAUCCCCGACAACGGAGAGAGUAUGAAACGCAAGACGCGAACCAUUAAAGCCAAUCUGAACCCCACGUGGGCCGAGACACUCAGCUUUGAUCUCAAACCCGACGAUAAGGACCGGCGGUUAUUAGUAGAGGUGUGGGAUUGGGACAGAACAUCGAGGAAUGACUUCAUGGGUGCCCUUUCUUUCGGUAUCUCUGAGAUCAUUAAAAAGGAGGCCAACGGUUGGUUCAAAUUAUUGACCCAAGAAGAGGGCGAGUACUACAACGUACCGGUGCCCGCG